AUGGCAACCAUGGCCCCUCCCUCCUUCUUCCUGCUUUGUUGGCUCCUCCGAAUGGCCAGCCCGGCGUUCCCAGAGGAACCGGGGCCCCUGAACCUCAUCCCCACCGAAGUGGCGAGACGAUACCCGGUGUUUCUGGGCCGACCCCACCGGACGUGGCUGAGACAAGAGCCGCUGCACAUCCAGAGGAUCCUGCAAGUCAAUCGGACGCUCUACAUCGGAGCCAGGGAUGACCUUUUCCGUGUGGAGUUGGACAUCGUCGCAGGAGAUGAGAUGUUCUACAAUAAGAAAAGAACAUGGGAGUCCAACAAGAACGACAUCAGGAUCUGCAGGAUGAAGGGCAAACAUGAGGAUGAGUGCCGUAACUUCAUGAAGGUGCUGCUCAGUAGACAAGGAGGCCUGUUUGUGUGCGGGACCAAUGCCUUCAACCCGCUCUGCGCCAACUAUACCGGAGACACUCUGGAGAUGGUUGGAGACACGGUCAGUGGGAUGGCGAGAUGCCCUUACGACCCCAAACAUGCCAGCGUAGCUCUGUUUGCAGAGAGGAACCUGUUUACAGCUACAGUGACUGACUUCCUGGCCAUUGAUGCAGUGAUCUAUCGCAGCCUUGGGGACAGUCAAGCUCUGCGCACCGUCAAGCACGACUCCAAGUGGUUCAGAGAGCCAUAUUUUGUCAAUGCUGUGGAGUGGGGACCUCACAUCUACUUCUUCUUCAGAGAGAUAGCCAUGGAGUUCAAUUACCUAGAAAAGGUGAUGGUGUCGCGUGUGGCCCGGGUGUGCAAACGGGACCAGGGCGGGUCUCAGCGUGUUCUGGAGAAGCAGUGGACGUCGUUCAUAAAGGCUCGUCUGAACUGCUCCGUCCCCGGUGAUUCCCACUUCUACUUCAACCUGCUCCACUCCACCAGUCCCAUCAUCAGGAUGCACGGCAGGGACAUCAUCCUGGGCGUGUUCUCCACACCAUCUAACAGUAUCCCGGGUUCGGCGGUGUGUGCCUUUGACAUGGAGCAGCUGGCGUCGGUGUUCGAAGGGAGGUUCAAGGAGCAGAAAUCACCCGAGUCCAUUUGGACGCCUGUUCCAGAUGAAGUCAUCCCAAAGCCAAGACCCGGGGGCUGUGCUGUUCAAGGAUCCAGAUUCAAUUCGUCCAACUCUUUCCCAGAUGACAUGCUCAACUUCGUCAAGACCCACCCGCUGAUGGAUGAAGCUGUGCCAUCACUCGGGCAAAGACCCUGGAUAGUCAGGACUAUGGUCAGGUACCAGCUGAAUAAGAUCGUGUUGGAUACAGAAGCCGGGCCGCACAGAAACAGAACCGUCAUGUUCCUCGGGUCGAGCAGCGGGAGCAUCCUCAAGUUCCUCAUCAUGCCAAACCAGGACAACAGCAUCACUAGCAGCAACAUCUUCCUGGAGGAGCUGGAGGGAUUCAACCCUGAUAAGUGUGCUGAAGACUCCCCUCAGGCCCGACAGCUCUUGUCUCUGACUCUGGACCGGCCGAGCCACAGUCUCCUCCUUGCCUUCCCCUCCUGUGUGGUUAGAGUGCCGGUGGCGCGAUGCCAGCUCUACUCCCGGUGCAUGAAGAACUGCAUCGCCUCUAGAGAUCCGUACUGUGGCUGGACUAGAGGAAGCACUUGCUCCUUCCUCAGACCUGGGACCAGACUGCCGUUCGAGCAAGAUGUCGAACAGGGGAACGUGGCCCACUUGGGUGACUGUGACGGGAUGCUGCUCCAAGAGAGUUUCAUCGAGGAGCCUGACGGCCUGGUGUCUGUGAACCUGCUGGUGGUGUCUGCAGUUUCAGCCUUCGCAACAGGAGCCGUCCUCUCCGGCCUCACCGUCUGCUGGAUAAUGAGUCAUCGCCACCGCCACUCCCGCAGCUCCGGAGCUAAUGGUGCCCGCCGCAAAAGUGACAAAGAGCAGAGCAUGCUGGGACAGGGCCGCAGUGGCUCUGUAAUGAGCGUAACGCGAACCAGCGGCGGAGAGAGGCGGAGGUCGCAGGUAGACAACCCCUUCGUCACGCCCAACGGCUGGCCUAAAGGAGACAUGGAUCCGGGAUUGUUGCCGACCCCGGAGCAGACUCCACUGCAGCAGAAACGGGGCAUGCAUCUUCCGGACACUGACUGGGACCAGAGCCAGACCUUCCUUACCACUGUGGGGAUGCCCUGCCCCAAUAACUCUGUCAUCUACCUGAGCUCCAAGUACCUGCAUGGAGGUGGUGGAGGGAUGGUUCGGAUAGAGGACCCAGGUGAAGUUGUGCUGCCUCUGCACACAGAGCGCCAGCGCUACCUGAUCUUAGCCACCCAGAGAGGGGAACACAGCGGCAGCCGUCCCAGUGGCACCCUGAGGAACUCAGCUGGGGAAUAUAUCUACCCCGCCACACCACAGGACUCCCCCGACAGACGGAGGGUGGUUUCUGCUCCCACGCCCCACAUGGACUAUGGGGAGCCCCGUUGGAGUCACGAGGUGCUCAACUACAACAGCAACAAUGGGGCGCCCUAUCACCCUCAGCGCCAGGGCCUCAUCAGGCCAGACAUGCAUGGGCCUCGAGGGCUGGGGGAACUGGCUGACUUCAGCCAUCUUCUAGUGAAGAACAUGGGAGAGCGUGCCCCUAGUGGCCAGUGA